CACGUGCCACGUCUUGACUUCCGCUCGGAUUCUGCUGCAUUCUCCUCCACCAUCAACACCAUGUAAAACCCACGAAGCUGCUCCGCACAGCGCUAUCUACCCCCAAAACGAAUUAUGUCUUGCCACGAUGAACACGGCCACGGCGGCCAUGACCAUGAGCACAGCGAAGCUCACGACCAUUCCGACGACAUCACGCCCGCGCUCCAAAAUCUGCUCUACGACCAAAUCGAUUUCAGCGCACUUCGAACACUGAAUGAGGAGGACUCGUCAUCUGGCCGGGCUAUCUGUCAAAAGACAUGGGCGCAGCGACUAGAUCCUGAACCCGAGCUCUUGAGUUCUGCAGAUGAGCAGCUUCUCAUGAUUGUUCCCUUUACCGGACAAGUCCGCCUCCAUAGCAUAAUCAUCCGAACCUCUCCCUCUCUGUCUGCGCCCAAGACCCUCAAAGUCUUCAUAAACGACCUGGACCUCGACUUUGGCACCGCGACAGAGAAGCCGCCCACGCAGACCUUCGAGCUCUCCCAGACAUCUGAGGUUCAAGAGCUACCUGUCCGUCGGGCGCUUUUCAACACUACGCGUAGCCUCUCGCUCUUCUUUGAGGACAACUUCAGCGAUGGCGAGGAGGACGUCACGAGGAUUAGUUAUGUGGCAUUCAAGGGCGAUUUCAUGAGGCUGAACAGGGAGCCGGUUAGUGUGAUGUUUGAGGCUGCGGCGAAUCCGGCGGACCAUAAGGCAAUUGUAGGCACGAAGUCGGGUGUGGGACAUCAAAUUCAGUAGUCCUACUCUUUUCGCCGAAGAUCCUAGGAGCAU